AUGGAGCGAGACAUUCGACGAGAUCGCAGCCAGUGGCGCGGGUGCUACGCUUUCAAGGAUAUAGUCCUGGACGACGAGCCCGGCGCAAAGAAUACGAAGCGUAACGGCGGACUGAAGAUGGGGAAUACCUACUACUACUAUUACGAGCUCGACGGCACUCAGGAGAGUCACAACCCGGCACAGCCAACCACUACCCAGUGUCCUUAUCUUCCCGGUCAGACUGUGAACAGGCUCGACAUGCCGUAUGAGAUGGCUGAGCGCAAGAGAAGCGCAUCUUUGGGUUCGCUCUACAACAGCGAAUACAAAACCAUGAAUCCCGAAGACAAAUUUGUGACUCCUCGACCACCACCACCGGUGCCGGGGGGGCAGCUCCGGCGGCUUGGGUCCGCGCCCGCUGCGCAGCCCCAAAGGUCCCUCCCCAGAUCAGGAUCCACAUCCCCACCUCCUUCGUGGCGCCGCAUGUUCAACAGGAAGCCGUCAACGAGCCGUUUCGCUGAGCGCGGCCGGCAUUCUGAUGACGAAGAGCGACCCCUUUCCCCGUCCUCCCCCUCGGACGACAACAGGAGCAUGGUAUCGUCCGAGGGAAGCCGGACCCGCGACCUCUCCCCAGAGUCUCUGCGCCGGUUCCUGUCAGAUGACAGUCCGUUUGCUGCCGCAUCUCCGAGCCCUUAUGGGCGAGCCUCCGUCGCUAUCCCCGACGACAUUGCCGAGGAGAACGACGACGAUGAGAACUUUGCCAACUCGGCUCUCUCCGAGAUCAACCCGUACGCGACCAGUCUGUCGCCCCCUCCCUUCAAGCGCUGCCACUCUGACAGCACGCUUCCCACUGUCCGCCGCACCAGUGUUCUCACCCGCGAGAAGAAAUAUUCGCCUCUUCCCCCACUUCCAGUCAAGGAGUUGAGGGAGCUGGAGAUCGCGCCACCUGCCUCGCGCUUCUCUUUCUCUUCCGAUUCGAGCGCUGCUUCCUCGGUCGGGCCUGUUUCUCCCGAGGACGAGGCUACUUCUUUUUACGACUCUGCCGAGGAAGAUCGAUGCCCCAACUACAUUCAGCCCCUGUCGCUGCCCAGCACGAGGAAGCCGGCUCUGGAGCAGAACUACAGCCUGCCUCGCGCCCCCGGCAUCAAACGCCAUCCUGGUGUUCACACCGUCUUGGCUGCUCCUCCCGAGCACGCCCUCGACGACCUGACUCACGACAUGGGCUGGAUGGUCGACAUCAUCCGCGCCAAGGGUAUUUGA